AUGGAGCCCAUCAAGAUUCCCACCCAGCCAGCCAAGAGACGCCGUAUCGGUGUACUCACCUCCGGUGGAGAUGCCCCCGGUAUGAACGGCGCCGUGCGGGCCGUCGUGCGAAUGGCCAUCCACUGCGACUGCGAGGCCUACGCCAUCUUCGAAGGCUACGAGGGUCUGGUCAAGGGCGGAAACCUUAUCCGCCAACUGCACUGGGAGGAUGUUCGUGGCUGGUUGUCCCGCGGUGGUACCCUGAUCGGUUCUGCCCGCAGUAUGGGAUUCCGUGAGCGCGCGGGUCGCAUGCAGGCCGCCAAGAACAUGGUCCUCCGGGGCAUUGACGCCUUGGUGGUCUGUGGUGGUGACGGCAGUCUGACUGGUGCCGAUGUCUUCCGCGCGGAGUGGCCAGGUCUGCUGUCCGAUCUCGUUGCCUCGGGCGAACUGUCUGCGGAGCAGGUCGAGCCCUACAAGGUCUUGAACAUCGUUGGCCUCGUGGGUUCGAUCGACAAUGAUAUGUCCGGAACGGAUGCCACCAUCGGUUGCUAUUCUUCCCUGACUCGUAUUUGUGAUGCUGUCGAUGACGUUUUCGACACUGCCUUCUCUCACCAGCGCGGCUUCGUCAUCGAGGUGAUGGGCCGACACUGUGGCUGGCUCGCCUUGAUGUCCGCCAUCAGCACUGGCGCCGACUGGCUGUUCCUUCCCGAGAUGCCCCCCAAGGAAGGUUGGGAGGAUGACAUGUGUUCCGUGAUCACUAAGAACCGCACCGAACGUGGCAAGCGCCGUACCAUCGUUAUCGUCGCCGAGGGAGCCCAAGACCGCCAAUUGAACAAGGUUUCGAGCUCGAAGAUCAAGGACAUUCUCACAGACCGUUUGGGCCUGGAUACCCGUGUCACCAUUCUGGGACACACCCAACGUGGUGGCGCGGCAUGCGCCUACGACCGCUGGCUCUCCACCCUGCAGGGUGUGGAAGCCGUCCGCGCCGUGCUGGAGAUGACCCCCAAGUCCCCUUCGCCCGUUAUCACUAUCCGCGAGAACAAGAUUAUGCGUACCCCGUUGAUGGAGGCAGUCCAAGCAACCAAGGAUGUGACUGCCAAGAUUGACAACAAGGAGUUUGAUACCGCCAUGGAUAUGCGCGACGCUGAAUUCAAGGAAUACUACAAUGCCUACCUGAACACCGCGAUCCCCGAGCACCCGAAGAUGACCGUCCCCGAGGCCAAGGUACGAUUUGAUCCCCCGGGGCCCCCUCAGGACAUCUCCCCACAGGACACUAACAUCCCACAGAGAAUGCGCAUCGCCAUCAUUCACGUCGGUGCCCCGGCCGGUGGUAUGAACCAAGCAACCCGUGCCGCCGUUGCAUACUCCCUUACCCGCGGACACACCCCGCUGGCCAUCCACAACGGUUUCCCUGGAUUGACUCGUCACCACGACGACAAGCCCGUCAGCUCAGUCCGCGAGGUCACUUGGCUUGAGGCUGAUAGCUGGGUCAACGAGGGUGGCUCUGAUAUUGGAACCAACCGUACCCUCCCAUCCGCCGAUAUGGAAAACACCGCCAAGUGCUUCGAGCUCUACAAGUUCGACGCAUUGUUUGUUGUUGGUGGUUUCGAGGCCUUCACAGCCGUCAGCGAGCUGCGCCAGGCCCGCGCCAAGUACGACGCCUUCAAGAUCCCGCUGGUCGUGCUUCCCGCUACCAUCUCCAACAACGUCCCCGGAACCGAAUACUCUCUCGGUAGCGACACCUGUCUGAACACACUGAUUGACUUCUGUGAUGCUAUCCGGCAAUCCGCUUCUUCCUCCCGUCGCCGAGUGUUUGUCAUUGAGACACAGGGCGGAAAGUCCGGUUACAUUGCGACGACCGCGGGUCUAGCCGUUGGUGCCGUGGCGGUUUACAUCCCCGAGCAGGGUGUGGAUAUCAAAAUGCUUUCGCGCGACAUCGACUUCCUACGCGACAACUUCAUUCGUGACAAGGGAGCCAAUCGCGCUGGUAAGAUUAUCCUGCGUAACGAGUGUGCUUCCAGCACCUACACCACCCAGUUCAUUGCCGACAUGAUCAAGGAGGAGGCCAAGGGUCGAUUCGAGUCCCGUGCCGCCGUCCCUGGUCACUUCCAGCAAGGUGGAAAGCCCUCGCCCAUGGAUCGUGUGCGCGCCCUCCGUAUGGCCAUCAGAUGUAUGGAGCACAUUGAAGGAUACGCUGGCAAGAGCCGUGACACCAUUGCUGCUGACCCUCUGUCGUCUGCCGUGAUCGGUGUCAAGGGCUCCCAGGUGCUGUUCUCGCCCAUGGGCGGUGACACCGGACUGGAGGAAACCGAGACCGACUGGGCUCGCCGUCGUCCCAAGUCCGAGUUCUGGCUCGAACUCCAGGACGUUGUGAAUGUUCUGUCCGGCCGCUCCCACGCCAGCACCAAGGAGACCUGGGGCUGCUACGAAAGUACGUAA